AUGAUCUUCCAGUAUAUUAAUAUUGUUACUAUAUGUGGUUUUCUGUUUAAAACUGCUUACACUGAAGAUACUGGCACGUCUCUACAUCUAAAAUUUACGUACGUUCCAACAGAUGAAGACGUGGAAGAAUCAUGCGCAUUUGAUGCCAACUUUAUCAGUGAGUUGGAGAAAGCAAAAAAGUUGUUAACAGAAAAAGCAAAAAUCCAAAUUUUUUCUGAAAUACAGCCAGAACUCUUGGAACAUCUUCGUUCAGCAAAUGGAAUGAGACCAAAUAACUUACAUGUAAAAAUUGCAGUCUCAGAAGCACUACAUGAAGAUUUAUCAUAUUUCUUGAUUUCAAACAACUUAACUUUCUAUCCAGAAGCAGAAGACAAGCAAGUGCCCAAAUGCGGCACUCAGUGCAGUAUCAGUACGCUGGAAAGCCUCUUAGCAAAACCAAUAAAUUUUAAUACCGAUGACGAGCGAUCAGCUGCUUUACAAAGCCUUCCGCAUAUUAGUCAUUUUCUUUAUAAAGAAAUCAUGGAACAUGGAAAGCUUGGAAUAAUGACGUUUAUAGGUUACUGGAGUCCAGACGACGCAAAAAGUAUGCAAAUGCUUGAAAUGUUGACAGAAGUUGUAAAAGCUGAAAACAAUACUUACGAGCUUUACUUAAUUAACUGCAAAUAUUUUGCAUCAUUAUGCCAACGAGAAGGAAUUGAAAAAGUACCACAGUUGAAAGCAUUUCUGGACAACAAAAUUUAUCAAGUAUUUGAUGGGGCCUUUACCCUAAACGGAAUAAAACGAUGGAUUCAAAUGCUAAAAGAACCUGAAGUUCAUGAUUUGACAGAAAGUGCAGUUGAAAAGUACCGUGAAGGUAUUAUGACAGGAACUGUAUUCAGUGAGGAAGUCCAACAAGCGAUAACAGUUGGCUUCUUCUCCAACGAAAAGUCACCAAUUUAUCAAAAAUUUAUGAAAGCUGCUCAUAAAUUUCACGGUAAAUACCACUUUGGGAUUUUCAAGAACCCUAAAGUUGCCGAAUGGGCUCACAAUCCAGCGAUUUUCACCUUUAAACCCAAAGAAAUUUUGGAAAAAGUGGUGGUCUGGUAUGACGGUUUAAGCAACGAAACUGUUGAAGAAUUUAUCGUUCGUUCGUCCGUUCCAACUUUUGUUCGUUUCCGUUAG